CUAGGAACUAUAAUGUCAGACCUUGCCCCAGUCUAUAUCGAGUCUUCGGACCCACGCGCAAAAGCCACCGUCACCUUGCACACGCUUUGCGACACCUGUCGACUGAUAUCUCAAGAACUAGCAGGCGGGGCAGGUUAUGCAGCAGGCGGAUCACGUUGGAUCAGACAUCUUCACCAUGACGAACUCCACCACAGCAGCUUUGCUGACUUGCAACAAAGUGCUGCGGCAUGCCACCUAUGCUCCAUCAUACUGAGUAAAUGGACUCAUCGUGAAGCGCCCAGUCACAAGUCGCUCGAUUUCAAAGAUUGGGAUCCCGCUCGACCUUUGAUGGAAAAGUUCGUCCUGAGGUUGUUCGACGGCAUGCUCAACUCACGGCCUUCAAUGCAACACAUGUCAAUCGACGGCUACGGCAUUAAAAAUUUCAACGCUCAGAUAAGCUUUCAUUGGUAUAGGCCAGACAAAGAAAAGUCGAUCGAGUACAAAAGCUUGCGCGAGUCGAGCGACAAGGCGGAUCUAACAACAGCGGGAGACAAAACCUUUGUGCUUGCAUCAUUUUGGCUGCAGAACUGUCUGCAGAAGCACGCAAAAUGCCGCAAAGGGCAGGAACCAAUAGGCAGGUCGAGCAACCCGGCGAGGCUGCUUUUCCUCGGAACGCCAGGUAUGGUCCGCGUGGUUGCGGUUCCGCAGAGGGCGACACGCAAUCGACCCAUGCCGCUGUACAUCACCCUGAGCCACUGCUGGGGAGGAGCUUCGGUGCUCAAACUUACAUCUGCCACCAAACAAGAGCUCGCCAGAGGAGUCGCGGUCGAUCGCCUGCCCAAGACGUUUCGAGAUGCGAUAGAUUCUACGAUACGUCUGGGUUACCAAUACAUCUGGAUUGACUCGUUGUGCAUCGUCCAGGACUCGGCACAAGAUUGGGCACAGCAGUCAGCCAUCAUGGGCCAAAUCUAUCGCAGUUCUGUCUGCACCAUCGCGGCGACUGCUUCGAGCAACAGUCUCGGGGGCUGCUUUGUGCAGCGUAAGCCAUUGUCGCAUGACGACUGCAGAAUGGUCGAGAAAGACGGCUGGGUGGCAUGGGCGCGGGCCGAUAAGGAAGAGGCAGAGCCCGACUCGAGGCCCCUAGAUACUCGUGGAUGGGUGUUUUAAGAGGAUCUGCUUUCGCCACGCACUCUAUCCUUUUGCCACUCUGGAAUCGAGUGGUCGUGCCUCGAGAGGAAGGUAAAGGACUACGCCUCGUGGGAACGACUUGCAGACAGGGACCGCAUGGAAGAGCAUCACCGCUUUGGCAUGGACACGGCCAAGGCCGACUUCAACGAUCUGUGCCUCGAGUUUUCCAACAUACUCAGCAUUGAAGCAAAGCACUAUCCUUCCUUUCAUGCACGGUGGUGGGAGCUUCUGCAGCGGUACUCGCGACUAAACCUGACAUUUGGGUCCGACAAGCUGGCGGCCGUGCAUGGCGUCAUAGAGACAUUGGCUUCCUAUACGGGUCUGAAGAGUGUGGGUGGCCAUUGGAUGCAGAUGCUACCUCAUGAUCUUUUAUGGAUCGCUGGGUUUAGCCAGUACGACAGGCACAGCUGUGUCCGGCCGCCAGACUACUGGAAGAGGGCGCCGAGCUGGAGCUGGGCCAGCAUUGACGGGCCGGUGUUGUUCGUUUUCCUCCCGAGCUCGACGCACCAGCAUGG